AUGGCGAGCAGCUCACCCAGCGUCUUCACAUGCGGCGUAGCUGGCGAGAAGGUCGAGCAGGAGACUGAAGACGCGGUUCCCGCAGCUGGCCAGGAAAAUGUCCAGCUGUUUGGCCUCGGAAUUAAGGCAGGCUUUGCCGAAUACAUCAUACUGAACAAUUUAUACUCCAUAAGAAGUUUCCUAAACCAUAAGGACAUACUCUAUCGGUCCCUAAGCUUUAUCUUUAGUGACUCCGUGGACAUUGGUUUCGCAAGGUACGGAGGUAAGCAUUGGGAUGAAAAUCGACGUUUCUCAGUGAAGGCACUCCGCAAUCUUGGAUUUGGGAAAGCUACGAUGAAAGAAGCUGUCGCAGAAGGAUGCGACCGCCUUGUCAACCGGAUUGCCAAGGCAGAAGGGAACCCUGUUGACCUCUCCGAGCUGAUCCUCGCAAGCGCCUCGGAUAACGUAGGCCUGUUUAUCUUUGGUCGGCGCUACAAGUUCGGCAAUCACGAGCACAGGAACCUGAGGACAGCACUGCGGAGCGAGUUUAUGGCAAGCCGAGACCCGAGCGCUUUGGAUUCGCUGCCUGCUUUUGUGACAACGCUGGCGAGGCUGGUGCCAUUCACACGAGCGGCCAGCUUGGUCGUGGCUGUGAAGUCUAUUCAGAAAUUUUAUCAUCGGCCGGCUCGUGGUGCAGUGUCAUCCCUAAUUGGAAACGCUGGAAGCUUGGUGUUGGCUGGAGCCAACACAGUGUCCGCGGUGCUCAUGAGGCUGCUGCUUCUGCUCGCCACCCACGCCGAGACGGUGCAAUAUCGCAUCCAUCGGGAGAUUGACGAGUUCAUGGGCAGCGAACGUCAGCCAACCUGGGAGGACAGGCGCUCGACGCCCUACACGGUUGCCACAAUCUGGGAGACGCACAGAUGGCACCCGCUUCUUCCUUUUGGAGUGGCCAGGCGUGCAUACCAGGACGUCGUCAUGGGCGAAUACUUUGUGCCCAAAGACACAACCACCAUAGCCAACAUCUGGGCAGUGCACAAUGAUCCCAUGUUCUGGAUUGAGCCCGAAAAGUUUGAUCCGGGUCGCUUUCUCAACAACGAUGGUUCGCUGGCAUGGGAGAAGACAGAGAGAGUGAUCCCUUUCUCUGUUGGAAAAAGAAUGUGCCCUGCCGAGAUUUUUGCUUCAGUUGAAAUCUACGUCUACCUGACGCGGCUGAUGCAGAAGUUCUUCAUUCUUCCGGAAGAAGGUGUCGUGUGUGACGUGAACAUUCCUGACACCCUUAUGAUGCAGCCAGGACGCCUCAGGUUCCGUUGCAUACCAAGAGCAACUUCCCUGUCUUGA